AUGACGACAAUGGCAAGGAUCCCCGAAGACAUCCGCCAUUAUGAUAUCUUCCCAUGGCUCCCCUGUAAGACCAUCUCAAGGUUCAAGGUUGUCUGCAAGAAGUGGUAUCAUCUCUUCUCCCAUGACAUAGUAUUCGCACGCAAGAAGUUGCAACUUGAGUCACCCAUCUCCUCCGGCAUGGUCUACCGAUGUGACAAACAUAUCGAGUUCUUCCCAUUGGACAUCCCAGGAGAAGUCAACAUCGGCAUGCCCGACUCCUUCUUUCCCACCCUUCCUGAUGGUAUGACCCUUGAAAGCAUCGUUGCCUUCGUCGAUGGCCUCCUCUUGGUGGUGUUACGAAAAGAGUUGGAUGAGAAUCCGCUAUACCAUUUAAACUACGUGUGGGAUGUGGUGACAAAAAAGGGUCAUAUCAUCCCUGGGAAUUGCUUUUAUCGAGAUGUUGGACUAGCCUUCGAUCCCUCCACCACUCCUACUCGUUACACGCUGAUAAACAUCAAAUGGAAAUUGCAUGGACAAAUCCAAGAGUUCUCAUUCGACAUCUACUCCUCGAGCACGAGAAGGUGGACGGUCUCGGAUCACAAGGUUGUCAUCCAAGGAAUCACAAAUUUGUAUCCCAUGAACAAUAUAUCCAUACGAAACAUCAUAUACUGGAACAGUCGUACCCACCUGCUGUGGUUCGAUCUCGAUAAGGAUGUCACAGGCAACUCGCGUUUGCCACCGGUAGACGAAGAAGGAAUCAUGUAUCAUCAAAACAUUGGGGUUGCCAGAGACGACCGAGGGAUUUUGACGCUAACUCGAGUCAUGUUCAAGAACACGAUAAAUAUAUGGGCAUUCAACGAGGAAGGAGAGUGGGUGCAGAAUCGUACCAUCUCAACCACGUACUUGCUGAGCCGUGCAGGACCCGGUGCCCUACGGAUCUUUCGUGCCUUUCUAUCGAGGGGAGGUGAUGUGCUCUGCGUGGAAACCCAAUUUACGACGACCAAACGAAAGCUUUUCAGCUACAACAUAGUCACCGGCGAGGCUACAACGAUCAGCGAGUUGAAGAGCAGCCAUCGCCAAGGACCAUGUCACUACAUAUUCUUAAAUCACAACAGUUUGAUCAGAUUCAAGCAGUUUAGUUGA